CACACAGCUAGUCAGCUAGUAGUUUGAGUUGUAAUGUUUACUCAUUGUCUUUGAAAAUUUGGCUAUAUUUGUAAUCAAAAUGGCACAGCGCGCCCACAAGGAAGGGCUGUGCAAUAUCAACAUUUUAUGUUUGGCAUUUAUUUUCUGUCUCAUAAGGCCAGUUGAUGCAAAGCCACUUCCUGCAAAUGUUUUGCCUUCUUCAUCCUCGCUGGAGCACAUGACUUUGAUCAACCCUGUUCAGAACAACCCCGAUGUCACAACUCCAAAACAGACAAAUUUUUUAAACACAUUGCUUGGACAAUUUGAGAGUUUGCUGGUGAAAGAUGGUACUUCUCCAGGUAAUGUGGACCAGGUGACUCAAGGAUAUCCCGAACCCUACACAAAUGCUAAAGACCCCCAGAGGCAUGUGAAGGCCCUAAUGUCUGUUCUACAGACUUACAAGACGCAAACAGCAUCACAUGGUAAUGAUCACGUCUUCAAACUGUGGGGAAAAGCUCCAAAAGCAAAGAAGAGCACCAAUGAAAUCAAAUCCAGAGUCAACAUAUUGACAGACCCCACUUACUCCGAGCCACUUGUGAAAGUUAACAUGAUUUUGGGCAUCUUUUUCUACGGCUUCAUCGUGAUAGUGUUUAUCUAUGACUCUGUCCGAGUCUCCAUGGAGGCCAGAAGGAGAUCUGAUGCUCUAGCUGCUGCCAGGCUGAAGAGAAAAGAACCACCCCUUUUGAACCACAGUCAACUUUAUCCAAAUGUACAAUCUCUAUGAUACCUUACUCUGUGUGCCGUUAACUUGCUUGGGGCUUACAUUAGUAAUAAACAUAUCUUGCAUUCAAAA